AUGUACGAUGAGAAAGUGAUAGUGAUGUGCCUUUUUUUUUUUUGCUGUGUAUGUGUAUGUGUGUGUAGGGGGAACAUAUAUGCAUAUAUAUAUAUAUAUAUACAUUUCGGUGGUGGGGCGUGUCAAGAGGCAAUUGCUGUGGUGUUGUCAUAUGUUGCUGGUGUAAAUGAUUUGCAUAUGACAGCUCCUCCAUUAUAUAUUUCUGGAGUGGGGUUUGCGUUGGUAUUGCGCUUCAUUCAUUUCUUUCUUCAUUAUCCCUCCAUUAAUACUCCUCACACUUUUCUUUACUUUACUUUACUUUUCUUUUUUUCCUCAACACUUUUCUACCCACUAACUCCACUGGCGUAUGAAAAAGCAAGCAGAAGUACGUUUUGUGUUUCCGCCUUACUUCUCUAUGGCUGUCAGGGUGCGGUGAGCGAAGUUUUUUUUUUUAUAUAUUUUAAAAUAAGCGUUAUUGUGUGGAGCAGUCAAAGACCUUUUUUGAACUUCCCCAUUGAAAAAGAUUCUACCUCCCCGAGUGUUUAUUUUCUUGUUUGUUUGUUUGAUUGUUUCUUCCUUAUCGUUGAAUACACGUUUGUGUGUGAUCAGAUGGUGAUGAUGGGUGGAGCAGGUGUGUUUGUGUUUUGGUUGGUCGGAACUUUAAGCGGAUGUUUGAAGGGUUGUGAAGGGGAGGAGGGGGGAAGAGGGGGAAGAGAGAGAAAAAAAAAAGUCUGA